AUGGGUCGCAUCGACCGGCUCACGAAUGGCGUGGUGAUCGGCACGGUGACCACGGCGGUGGUGAUCAUCCUGGUGAUCUUCAUCGCCACCGAAAGGCGCGUGUUCAUCCAGCACCAAUUAUUUCCGAUGGCCGCGGGCGAGUCCGGACCGCCGCCGCUCGAGGACGUGGUGCCGCCACAGCCGUGGUCCCUGGUCGACCGCCAGGCCUACUUGAGCCACGACAUCGUGGCUCCGUCCUCGGGGAAGCGUCACCACACGCGCCGCCUGCCCCGACACCUGGUGCCCGUCCACUACUCGCUUGAGCUGCAGCCCCAGCUGGAGGGAAAACCCAAGCAGGUGGACACUUUCCGCGGACACGUCGACAUACUCGUCAACUGCACGGCCGAGGCGGACGUCAUCACUCUGCACGCAUCUCCAGAGCUGGAGCUGUCGUUGAGCGGCCACAAGGCCUUGGCACACCUCCUCCUGACCUUCUUCGAGCCGACGUUCGCACGAAGAGCCUUUCCGUGUUUCGACGAGCCAGACUUCAAGGCCGUCUUCACGGUGACGAUUGUGAGACCGGAAGGCUACACUGCUCUGUCUACUAUGCCAGUUCAAAAACAGGAAGAAAGAUCGCACGGCUUUGUGGCGGAUACGUUCGCGCCGACCAUGCCCAUGUCCACGUACACUCUGGCCUUUGCGGUCCUCAACUUCUCGUCCCAGAGCAACGGAAACGUUACCAUAUGGUCACUGACUGACAGGUCUCCGUACCUGGAGUACGCUCUGGAAGUGGCUCCAAAACUACUCAAAUUUUACGAAGAUCUGCUGGGCGUCGCCUAUCCGCUACCGAAGAUGGACAUGAUAUCCCUGCCGUCGUUCUUGGCGGAUGCCAUGGAGAACUGGGGCCUGCUCACAUUCCACGAGCAGUGCCUUCUGUACGACGAGCGGUCGACGCCAUACAAGAAGCCACUCAUCGCGGGCCUCAUAGCCCACGAGAUUGCGCACCAGUGGUUCGGCAACUUGGUCACGAUGAACUGGUGGAGCGAUCUGUGGCUCAACGAGGGAUUCGCCACGUACAUGCAGUACACCGGAGCAGACUACAUCCAGCAGCAGUGGCGAAUGAUGGAUCUGUUCGUGGUUAACGAAAUGCAGCCUAUCUUGAGAGCUGAAUCCACGGUGACGGCACAUCCAGUGUCGGUGACAUCGAAUUCGACACAUCACUUGGAUGCACUGUUUGACAGAAUCGUGUACAGCAAGGCAUCAAGCGUGAUUCGAAUGAUGGUGCAUUUCCUGACACCGGAGGUAUUCAUCCGUGGUCUUAAGGCCUACCUGAUUAAAUACAAGUUCAAAAAUGUCAAACAAGAAGACCUGUUCCACGAACUCAGCUCAGCUCAAGGUGACGAACCAAAGGUGAGCGUGAAGCGAGUGAUGAAGUCCUGGGUAAAGACACCCGGCUACCCUCUGCUGACGGCCACCAGGAACUACAGCACGGGAACAGUCGUCGUCACGCAGGAAGCCUACGCACCGGCAAGGGGCAACCGGCAUGACACGAAAACCACCUGGAACAUUCCCAUGACGUACACGACCAUGUCAGAGAAAAACUUCGACGAGAAUGCCAAGAUCGAAUGGCUUAACAAGCGAGAAGGGAAACUCAAGAAAAAAGUGGAAGCAGGCAACCAGUGGCUGAUAGUGAACAUCCAGCGCGUUGGUUACUACCGGGUCAACUAUGACAUCUUCAACUGGAGGCUGCUGCAGUCUCAACUGAGAGAGAAACCCGAGGCAAUACACGUCUUGAAUCGGGCACAGCUCAUUGAUGAUGCCUUGGAUCUUGCAAAGAACGGCCACCUGCCUUACGACAUUGCCUUGGAGUUCCUGGACUUGGUUCGUCCAGAAGACGACUACAUGCCCUGGAAAUCGGCUCUGGACGGCAUGCAUGACCUCGAUUUCUUGAUCAGGAAGACCAAGUACUACAGAAAGUAUCAGGUGUUUGUGCGGUUCAUUCUAGAGAAGAAGUUCGAAGCCUUCAUACAAGAAAAGAACAGCAACCUCACUGUCGCUGACGACCUGCUUCGCAAAGCGAUUAUCAUGAACUCGUGCUACUUCGAGAACGAAGCUUGUCUGGCAUUCUCAACGAACAAGUUCAGAACCUUCCUGAAUGAACCUUCCAAGAUACAAAAGGCUCUGCGAAAGAAUCCGUGGCGCACCAUGGUGGUGCUGUGCCAAGGCGUGCGUCUGGAAAAUGGCAGCCACUGGCAGUUCGUGCUCGACCACCUGGACGACGCCGCCACGGACGAAAGCAAACGCGCCACCGUCAGGGCACUCGGAUGCACCAGGAAUCGAUCCCGACUCAUAGAACUCCUGAAUCACGCCUUGGACAAGCCCGAGUUUCCAGGCAAGAUGCAGUACAUAUUCGAGAGCCUCAUGGAGACUCCAGUGGGCGAGGAGCUCGCCUCAGACUUCUUCUUGAAGAACCUCAAGAAGCUCAUUCGCAAGUACGGCACGGGAUCUUCUAUGAAGCAUGCCAUACGGGCCGUCGUCACAGGAGUCCGCAGCGUCGAUCGGUUUACAAAGAUCAAGAACUUCCACGAAGACCUCUCUCGGCGUCGCCGAUUUCCUCGAAGGGUGGACAUGGCGUUUGUCGGCGCAUUGUCCGAGGCCGAGCGUGCGCUGCUCUGGGCGCAGAGUCAUGGCCCCGAGGUCGAGAAGUGGCUUGACGAGAAGAUGGCCAAGUAUCCGUUUCUGUACGAGGAUGUCGUUAGAGCCAUGUACUAA